UCGUCGACGGUCGACUGCCUGGAUUUGCGCCUCCGGAGACGCGGGAAGACCGAGAAAGGGCGUUGAUCGCCCUGUUCCGUCGUAAAUAUCUGCUGAACCGUCAGCCGGGCGGGUUCUACAGCAGCUAUCAGCCUAGCGGGUCGGGUCAUAGUCUUUUGACGAACCUCAACACUAGUCGUUUUACGAACCUCAACAUCCAACCAGCAGCAUCACCCAACAAAUCCAUCAAGCACAAAGCUUCAACUUAUGAACGGGUCUGAGGAGACAAAGCGGGCAAAGGCUCCGCCGACGCACAGGCAGCUACUGGCAUCAAAUGCGCGGCACUGAACUGGAACCCACCUUCCCGAAACGUCUUCUGACCCCUACGCUGCAGAUCCCCGAGUUCGACAUCCACACCGAUAUGCCCGUCGAGUUGCUGCACUCAUUUCUGCUUGGACCAGUGAAGUAUCUACUCCGGCAUACGAUGGCGGCCCUUGGAGAUGAGAAGAAAGCGACUCUGCACGCGAGGUUGAGGUCCAUUGACGUCAAGAACUGCUUCUUCAGACCCCUCGUCAUAUCGCAGAUCAUGAUCUACACUGGGUCGCUAUCUGGAAAGGAUUUCAAGACGUUCCUUCAGUUGGCUCCAUUUGCGUUACAGGGCAUUGGCAGUCAAGCCGAACUCAACUUCAGGAUCGCAAUCUCCACAUCGGGCUCGCUCGCGUUCCGACGAAAGUACACCAACGACGGCGAGGCUCUCCGCCAGCUCCAGGCCGCCAUCGACUACGUCCUCGCGAUGGCAAUCCCGCUUGCGCACCCGCUACAAGCAAAGUUAAGCUCCUUGAGGAAGAAGACAAAAGAUAGGACAAAGCAAAACACCCAGCUCCAAGCUCAAAACACCCCAUAGUCGACGUCCGAAUUAAGGAGGAGUUCGUGCGCCCAAUGGUCCACUGCUUCUGCCCGGCCGAUACCCCUGUCCGAGCUAUACGUAACGAG